GAAAGCGGAGCGCGUUUCCGCAAGAGGAGGUUGAUGCGCGAGCGCCGGGGCGCUGGGCGCCUGCGCAGAGGCCCAGGCGUCUCCCCGCUCGGCCCGGGUUAGAGGGAGGUGAGCUGGCGGGGAUACCAUGGAGCAGAAGAGCGGUCCGGACGGUGCACCGGAGGGUGAGCGGGAGGAGGGAGAGCCCGAGGUGAAGAAGCGGAGACUUCUGUGUGUGGAGUUUGCCUCGGUCGCGAGUUGCGACGCCGCCGUGGCUCAGUGCUACCUGGCCGAGAACGACUGGGAGAUGGAAAGAGCGCUGGACUCGUACUUCGAGCCGGCAGUGGAGGAGAGCGCUUUAAAAAGCCAUCUUGAGACCGCCUCUGAGCCCGAGCCAUGGAUGGAGACGCGUCCCAGCAGCGGAGCUGACGCUUCUCUCCCGAAGUCCAGGCUGUCACUUCGAAGUGUUGACCUAACCAAGGAAGAAACAAGUGAUUCCACUAGUUCUAAAACCAGCACAUCUGAAAAUGUUCAGCAAGAAGAUGGCAGCAUGUUCUCUUUCAUUACCUGGAAUAUUGAUGGAUUGGACCUAAACAAUCUGCCAGAGAGGGCUCGAGGGGUGUGUUCCUAUUUAACUUUGUACAGCCCAGAUGUGGUAUUUCUACAGGAGGUUAUUCCCCCAUAUGCUGCCUACCUAAAGAAGAAAGCAAGUAGUUAUGAGAUUAUUACAGGUCGUGAAGAAGGAUAUUUCACAGCUAUAAUGUUGAAGAAAUCGAGAUUGAAAUUUAAAAGCCAAGAGAUUAUUCCUUUUCCAAAUACAAAAAUGAUGAGAAACCUUUUGUGUGUGCAUGUGAGUGUGUCAGGAAAUGAACUUUGCCUUAUGACUUCUCAUUUGGAGAGCACCAGAGGGCAUGCUAAGGAACGAAUGAAUCAGUUGAAAAUGGUUUUAAAGAAAAUGCAAGAGGCUCCAGAGUCAGCUACAGUUAUAUUUGCAGGAGAUACAAAUUUAAGGGAUCAUGAAGUUUCCAAAUGUGGUGGUUUACCCAGCAACACUUUGGAUGUCUGGGAGUUUUUGGGCAAACCUAAGCAUUGCCAGUAUACAUGGGAUACACAGAUGAACUCUAAUCUUGGAAUAGCUGCUACUUGUAAGCUUCGUUUUGAUCGAAUAUUUUUUAGAGCAGCAGCAGAAGGCGGCCACAUUAUUCCCAGAAGUUUGGACCUCCUUGGGUUGGAAAAACUGGACUGUGGUAGAUUUCCUAGUGAUCACUGGGGUCUUCUGUGCACCUUAGAUUUAAUAUUGUGAACUGCUUUUCAAAUACGAGUUUUAAAUGUUCUGAGCAAUGUUGUUCUGUGUUUUUGCAAAUAUAAUUGCUACCUGUCUGGAAAGGUAGUUUAAUAUGGAGGAAUUAAUAUACUGGAUCAUUGUAACAAAAGAAAAAACGACUGUGAUUUUAUUUUGUGGAUUGUGUCCUCAGAUUUCAGAACUAAAUCUUAGUGUUUAUUUAAAUGAAAGCAUACCUGUGUUCAGAACAUGAGGCCUCUUAAGGAAAGGUCACAAAGGCUAUCUUGUAAUAGUGCUCACAGCUGCUGGCUAGAUCUGCAUUUAAAUAGAUUGCAGCUGUCCUACAUCAGACUUUUUGUCAGCUAACAGUGCCUAACUGGUAAGCUAGAAAUGAACUCAUGAUUUAAGAUCCCUUAACUUUUAAAAAUUCAUGUUUGUAGUUAUGUCACCAACAGAGGCAAAGUUAGGCUUGAUAAUGAUUAAAGUCAGUUUUAUAGAGGCAUUGGACUUUUUUUCUAAGAGAAAAAUAAAUGUGUAAAAAGAAUUAGCCUUUUAGUUUUGCUACUUGUAAAACUGAAUUUUUUUCAAGACGUGAAUGAGGAGCACUUCUACAUGUGCGUUAAGGAAACAUUUUUUUUCCCCCAUAAGAGAAUGUACUUUAAAUAAAGAAUUCUGCUUGUU